CUUCCGGGAGGGACGCAGGACUGUCCAAUCACGAUCGACUCCAGAAGUGCCGGUCGGGGCAAAUAAUGUACUUGCAUGCUGAAGAAACGGAGUAACAGAAAAUAACUGUCAAUACAUUCACUCGUGGAGUAUAAACAGGACCGUAUUUUCUCCCACCUCACACAACAGCAGCAUGGAUACAGAGGGAUUUGGGGAGCUCUUGCAGCAGGCAGAGCAGCUGGCUGCUGAGACCGAAGCAGUGUCUGAACUUCCUCAUGUGGAAAGGAACCUUCAGGAGAUCCAGCAGGCGGGGGAGAGGCUUCGAUCUCGCACACUGACCCGCACCUCCCAAGAUGCUGCAGACGUAAAAGCGUCCAUCCUCCUUGGUUCCAGAGGUUUAGACAUCUUCCACAUUUCUCAGAGGCUAGAAAGUCUCAGCGCUGCCACCACGUUUGAGCCCCUGGAGCCGGUCAAAGACACGGACAUACAGGGCUUCCUGAAGAACGAGAGGGACAACGCCCUCCUGUCCGCCAUCGAGGAGUCUCGCCGCAGGACGUUCCUGCUGGCCGAAGAGUACCAUCGGGAGUCGAUGCUGGUUCAGUGGGAGCAGGUGAAGCAGAGAGUGCUGCACACACUGCUGGGAGCAGGAGAAGACGCUCUGGACUUCAGUCAAGACGUGGAGCCCAGCUUUGUGAGUGAAGUGACUGCUCCAGGAAGAAGUGCGUUAGACAGUGUGGAGGUGGCCUACGGACGCCAGAUCUACAUUUUCAAUGAGAAGAUAGUGAACGGGCACAUUCAGCCUAAUCUGGGAGAUUUAUGUGCUUCAGUAGCAGAAAGCCUGGACGACAAGAACGUAUCAGAGUUGUGGCUGAUGGUGAAGCAGAUGACAGACGUGUUGUUGGUUCCAGCCAAAGACACUCUGAAGAGUCGCACGAGUGUUGAAAUGCAAAUGGCCUUUGUACGCCAGGCACUUGCUUUCCUUGAGAACAGUUAUAAAAACUACACCAUGGUGACCGUCUUUGGGAACCUCCAUCAGGCCCAACUAGGAGGGGUGCCUGGAACAUACCAGCUAGUCCGCAGCUUCCUUAACAUCAAGCUACCAGGGCCUCUGCCUGGCAUGCAGGACGGUGAGAUAGAAGGCCACCCAGUGUGGGCUGUGAUCUACUACUGCCUGCGCUGUGGCGACCUGAAUGCAGCCAUGCAGGUGGUGAACAGAAUGCAACAUCAGCUGGGAGAUUUCAAGACCUGGUUUCAGGAAUACAUGAACAGUCCUGACAGACGACUUUCCCCGACUUCAGAGAACAAGCUUCGCUUGCACUACCGCAGAGUGCUGAGAAACUGUGCCGAUCCAUACAAGAGAGCUGUCUACUGCAUGAUUGGGAAAUGUGACAUCAAUGACAACCACGGAGAGAUAGCAGACAAGACUGAGGACUACCUCUGGCUUAAGCUGAACCAGGUGUGUUUCGAUGAUGACGGCAGCAGCUCUCCUCAGGACAGACUCACCCUGCCACAGCUACAGAAACAGCUGCUGGAAGACUAUGGAGAGUCCCAUUUUUCUGCGAGCCAGCAGCCCUUCCUGUAUUUCCAGGUGUUGUUCCUGACAGCUCAGUUUGAGGCGGCGGUGGCUUUCUUGUUUCGGGUCGAGCGACUCAGGAGUCACGCCGUGCACGUGGCGUUGGUCCUGUAUGAGCUACGGCUGCUGCUGAAGUCCACUGGUCAAAGCGCUCAGCUACUGAGCCAGGAGCCCGGUGACCCUCCCAUGGUGCGUCGGCUGAAUUUUAUCCGCCUGCUCAUGCUCUACACUCGCAAGUUUGAGUCCACGGAUCCACGUGAAGCGCUGCAGUAUUUCUACUUCCUGCGCAAUGAAAAAGACAACCAGGGCGAGAACAUGUUCAUGCGCUGUGUCAGUGAACUUGUUAUUGAGAGUCGAGAGUUCGACAUGCUUUUGGGGCGAUUGGAGAAGGACGGCAGUAGGAAGCCCGGAGUCAUAGAUAAGUUUGCUGGGGACACCAGAGCUAUCAUCAGUAGAGUGGCUCUGGAGGCCGAGAACAAAGGUUUGUUUGAGGAGGCGGUCAAACUCUACGAGCUGGCCAAGAACCCAGAUAAGGUGCUGGAGCUGAUGAAUCGGCUCCUGAGUCCGGUCAUCGCCCAGGUCAGCGCGCCUCAGUCCAACAAGGAGAGGCUAAAAAACACUGCCGUAGCCAUCGCCGAAAGGUAUCGCUCUCAGGGCGUAGCAGGAGAUAAGUCGGUCGACAGUACCUUCUACCUGCUCUUAGACCUGAUGACGUUCUUCGACGAGUACCACGCGGGGCACGUCGACAGAGCUUAUGAUGUGAUGGAGCGCUUAAAGCUUCUUCCGCUCAGUCAGGACAGCGUGGAGGAGAGAGUGGCGGCUUUCAGGAACUUCAGUGAUGAGGUGCGUCACAACCUGUCUGAGGUGCUGUUGGCCACCAUGAACAUCCUCUACACACAGUACAAACGCCUGAAGGGGGCACCAGCCGGCACACCAGGACGACCACAGAGGACCAUGGAGGACAGAGACACGCAACUACGCGGUCAGGCCAGAGCCUUGAUCACCUUCGCUGGCAUGAUUCCCUAUAACAUGGCCGGGGACACCAACGCGAGACUGGUGCAGAUGGAGUUACUGAUGAACUGAGACUCUCUCUCUCUCACACACACACACACACGCACGAUGACCAGAAACCUCUGGGCUUUUGAAGACCGGCUCAUUCACACGCGUUCGUCAUCAUGUUAAGAGAUACGUUGGUUUUUUCGCUCAUGUGAAAUCCCGUCAGUCUGUUGUUUUUGUUAUUUCCAUUGUCUUGUUUCAUAUUUGUAUCUGUGAUGAUUUGGAAUAAAAAGUUUGCUUUUCAUUCGUCUUUUUUGUUUUGAAACAUUUUAUGUUCCGUUACAUUUUCUUCCUUUUUUUCCUCGUUUUGCUUCAUUUUAUUUCAGUGCUACUGUCAAAGUUGUGAAAAUGUUAUAAUAUGUGUUUAAUACAAGUUUUCAGUUUUAUAUGGGAGCCAUUACAUGCACGCUGGAGCACAUUAGUCAUCACGCACCUAUAUUAACUUGCACAAAGGAAAAACUGGAGACUACAUCCUGAGAGUGAACUCGUCUAAAGAAGCUGCAUACGCUUUUUUUUUUUUAACCCAACAAACUCGAAAUGCCCGAUGUCCCUCCUGGGGGAAUAAAUAAGGUGAAAUCUAAUUGAAUCGUCUCCCUGGGAAACAAAACGAGCCCGUUCCUCUCAGCCUUACGCAGUCCCGAGUGUCGCAGGCCAUAGCCGUGCCGUUUCCACAGGCUGUGGAGCGCUAUCUGUGACACGUCCUGUCCCCUGGCAGAUGGUUGGUUGGCUAGAGCUCAGCUAUCGGACUUGGGGGGAUAUUUCUGUCUCUAUCAGAGGGGAAAUCAGUGGAACAAAAGGAGACAUAUUUUACCGCAUGCUGCAGGGCGAGUGCGUCCUCGUGGUGUUCGUGCCUUGUGCGUAUUUUCAAAGGAAAGGAGGUCGUCUUAAAAUAUUUUAUUAGUAAAAAACAAACUAGUUUUUAACCAAAAAUGUGGACGUUGUUUAACUUUGUGAUACGUUUGUAUGUAAAGUUCCUUCAAAUCGUUUUUUUAGGGCUUCUGUCACCACGAUUUUGUGCUAUGCGCACCGUAAUCGCCCGGACAUGCAUUUAGAGCAGCAUAUCAACCACUGCUGCCUUUGUAAUCUACCUGAACUGAGACCAUUGCAAGCACCUCCUGGAACGCCCUGUCAAACAUUCAGCAGCACAGCCAGACGUCGCUUGAGGUUUGCUAGAAAAACUGGCCCUCCAUCUCCUCUGCUAAGUUUGUGGCCCACACUCUGUGUCCUUCAGUCUGGCCUGAGAGAACACAGAUGGAGGCUCAUUCUGUCUCUGCUGCUCCACAUAACUGUGCAGACAAGUCGGGAUCAUUCGUGGUCACAAACACAGCUGAGCUGAACGGUAAAGGAGGUCCACGCUGUUGUGCUCGAGCGUCUUUUUGUCUCACCUUUGCAUUCCUUAUGUUUUUCUGCUUACGUCGUCGUUAGAGCGGUUUUGUCCUCAGUCCUAGCAUGACACAGAAAGAAGACUUGGAUGGUAUCAUGUUUGAGUGUUUAUGACUCGAUCUCAGCUCGGCACCAAUUCUAAAUUGACGUUUUUAUUGGGCGGUGCAGUCUGUCUCAGGAAAAUGCUCGUGUUUUAAGAGCUCCAUCACCCGAAGAUCUGCCUCUCAGGUGUGUGUGCCGCAGCUGGUGUUGUGAAUCAGGCCGAUGACACACACCUCUUAUAAUCCGGCUAUUUCACAACACCAGGGUGGCCCUGCACCGCUUCCGACGAGACGAGGACCCUCUGCGUACUGCUGAGGUUCGUCAGCCAAACGAAGCAGAGCUGGGAUAACUCAGUCUUCAGUCCUACAAUGAUCAUUUGUGUACUUUAAAAAGGAAAAAUUAUGAACGUGUCAGUUAAAUCUGCCGAGAUCAUUUUUUCUUUUUCAGUUACUUUAGUCAAAUUUACUCUGAUAUCAGGUGUACAUCUGUUUGAUGAAAUCUUAUAUAAACUCAACGCUUUAAGCUGUAAAGCAUAAGCUUCCCUCUUUGGUCCAUUAAUAAAGAAUAUACCAUA